ACUCAAUUGCGAACUUUUACCCAGUCUCCGGAAAUCAAUCGCUCCAAUGCUGGCCGGUUCAGCUAGGCCGGCGGCGUCCCUCUCCUCCCUCUCCUCCGCUUUCCACAAUCUCUCUCUCGCAUCAAGACGAAACUUCUCCACGACCCUGCCCUCUCAAAGAACCAGGACGCUUCCAGAUUAUAUUCCUCCUUACCCAUACGGACCAAGAUACACUUUUAAACAGGCCGAUAGCGGUCUUUACGGAGGCGCAACCAUUCAAUUUGGGAAUAAGAUAUCCAAGGGCAGAAAUGAAGGGAAGACGAGGAGAAUCUGGAAACCAAAUAUCCGCAAGGAGAAGCUCUACAGCGAGGCCUUAGAGAAGUGGCUGGAUCUUAAAGUGCAGCAUCGAGUGCUAAGAACAAUUAAGAAAGAGGGCGGAUUGGAUCAGUACCUUCUCAGCGACAAGCCCUCGAGAAUAAAGGAACUGGGCGUAUUUGGCUGGGGCUUGCGAUGGAAAGUUAUGACGUCGAAAGCCAUGAGGAAGCGAUUCGAAGAAGAAAGGAAAGAGUUGGGCUUGGAGAAGCCAGCGACGUUCAAGGAAUAUCUCGCCCGGCACACGAUGGAACAGCAGGUUCAGGCGGCCGCUGAAGACGCCGAACAGCCUCCGGCGGAGAUCAAAGUGACAGUCGCUGCCGACACCCCAUCCGAGACUGCCCCGGCUCCAAAUCUCAAUACCGCUUGA